CCCCCGAGCGCUGCAGCAUGGCCAGGUACAACCAGACUAUGCCCGCCUUCGGGAAACCCUGCUCAGAGUGACCAGAGGACGAGAUUUGGCUGUGGGGGGAAAACACCAGCUCCAAGCCAAGCUGGAGAACCUAGAGCAGGUCCUGAAGCACAUGCGAGAGGCUGCGGAGCGGCGGCAACAGCUGGAGCUGGAGCAUGAGCAAGCACUGGCUGUCCUCAACGCCAAACAGCAGGAGAUCGAGCUGCUGCAGAAGGCUCAGGUUGAAGCCAAGAAGGAACAUGAAGGAGCAGUUCAGCUGUUAGAGGCCAAGGUGCGGGAGCUGGAGCAGAAAUGCCGGACGCAGAGCGAGCAGUUUAAGCUGCUGUCGCGGGAGCUGGAGCGGUUCCGGCAGCAGGCGGGCACCAUCGAGCUCCUGGGCACCUCCUCCUCCUCCUCCUCCUCCUCGCUGGCCCCGCCGGGGCCCCCCGGGAAAGCCCUGGCACAGCUGAUGAACGGCAUCGCCACCUCCAUCGGAAAAGGCCACGAGAGCCCCUCGGGAAGCCGCUGUGUGAUCUCAGAGUUCAUCAGACCCCUGCAGGUCUCUGGGGACAAGCCAGAGCAGCUGUCUGUCAAACCCACCUUCCUGUCCAAGUCCAGAUCUGGCACCCCAAGAUGCAGAUUUGAUUCAGACAUGGAUAAUGAUCAGAAUUCCAAUACCUCAAAGCAGAGAUAUUCUGGGAAAGUCCAUCUUUGCAUUGCCCGUUACAGCUACAAUCCCUUCGAUGGACCCAACGAGAACCCCGAGGCCGAGCUGCCUCUCACGGCAGGGAAGUACCUCUAUGUGUAUGGGGACAUGGACGAGGAUGGCUUCUAUGAAGGAGAGCUUCUGGACGGGCAGCGGGGGCUGGUGCCCUCGAACUUUGUGGACUUUGUGCAGGACAGCGAGGCGCGGCUGUCGAGCGUGGAGGAGCAGAACGCGCUGAACCGCGCGGGCGCCGCGCUGGAGGCAGAGCUGGAGCUCAGCCCGCCCGCGCUCCCGGAGCCCGGCGGCGCGCUCAGCAACGGCGCGGGCACCCUGGACGUCAACAUCGACGAGAUCGGAGAAGACAUUGUGCCUUACCCCCGCAGAAUCACCCUCAUCAAGCAGCUGGCCAAGAGCGUCAUCGUGGGCUGGGAGCCGCCGCUGGUGCCGCCCGGCUGGGGCACCGUCAGCAGCUACAACGUGCUGGUGGACAAGGAGGUCCGGAUGAACAUCGCCCUGGGCAGCAGGACCAAAGCCCUGAUAGAGAAGCUCAACACCUCCGCCUGCACCUACCGGAUAUCCAUCCAGAGCAUCACCAGCAAGGGCAGCUCCGACGAGCUGCAGUGCACCUUGCUGGUGGGCAAGGACGUCAUCGUGGCCCCCUCCAACCUGCGCGUGGACAACAUCACCCAGAUCUCUGCCGAGCUCUCCUGGCUGCCCACCAACAGCAACUACAGCCAUGUCAUCUUCCUCAACGAGGAGGAGUUCGACAUUGUCAAGGCUGCUAGCUACAAGUACCAUUUUUUUAAUUUGAAGCCCAAUAUGGCCUACAAAGUGAAGGUCAUGGCAAAGCCCCACCAGAUGCCCUGGCAGCUUCCCUUGGAGCAACGAGAGAAAAAGGAAGCCUUUGUGGAGUUUUCUACGUUGCCAGCAGGUCCCCCAGCCCCACCUCAGGAGGUGUGUGUGCGGGCAGGGAGCGCCCCAGGGAUGCUCCAGGUGUGCUGGAAGCCCCCAGUGCUGUCAGCCACGGGGACGUCCCACGGUGCCACCGUCACAGGCUACGCGGUCUAUGCCAAAGGGCAGCGGGUCUCUGAGGUGUCCCUCCCCGCCGCAGAGGGCACGGCGCUGGAGCUGCCGCGGCUGCGCGCCCUGGACGCCCGCGAGCUCACCGUGCGGACGCUCUCGGUGCAGGGCGAGUCCCUGGACUCUGCCCCUGCUGCCAUUCCCCCCGAGCUCCUGGUGCCUGCGCCCCCCCAGCCCCGCGCUGCUCCCAAAGCCAAGCCAUUAGCAAGUGCCGGAGCCCCAGAAACCAAAGAAGAACAUUUCGGGCCGCAUUUCAAGCGGGAUGAGUCCUGGGAGCAGACUCGCUCGGUGUCCCCCGGGCACGGACACAUGCUGGAGCCCCCCGCCUUCCACGGCCCCCUCCAGGGCAGGAGGUCUCCGUCCCCCAACAGGAUCCUGCCCCAGCCUCAAGGCACCCCGGUGCCCAACACCGUCGCUAAAGCCAUGGCGAGGGAAGCUGCCCAGAGGGUGGCCGAGAGCAACAGGAUGGAGAGGAGGAGCGUUUUCAGCGAGAGGAGCAGCGCAGCCCCGUACUCGGACGAGGAGGAGGAGGAUGGCUACGACUCGCCCCGGGUGAAGCGGAGGGGAGCCUCGGUGGAUGAGUUCCUGAAGGAGUCCGAGCUGGGCAAGCAGGCUCACUACUGCCUGGGGGACGAGUACCACACGGAGAGCAGCCGCGGCUCGGACCUGUCCGACAUCCUGGAGGAGGAUGAGGAGGAGCUCUACUCCGAGAUGCAGCUGGAGGAGGGCGGGCGGCGGCGCCUGAGCCUGGGCUCGCACGGCACGCUCAAGGAGUACGAUAAGAAUAAGAGCACUGAAGCCACUUUUGUGGAACAGCCUGGCUUUCCCCAGCAGACACGGCACAGUAAAAGGCUUUUCAGUAUCCCAGAGGUGGCUGAAGAGGACGGUGAAUACCCCGAAGUGCUGUACAAGCAGGGUUUAGGUAUGCCCUAUAGAAAGAACCCCAGAAUAGCUAGAGGCCCCCGGGCGGGCAGGCCGUGCCGUCAGGAGCAGCAGCACAGCCCCAGGCGCCCGGGCAGGGCCAGGGCAGGGCCGGGGCGGCAGGAGCUGCAGGACAGAGGAGGGAAGGGCAGCCAGGCCCUGUCCCGCAGCCCCGACAGCGGCCUGGACUGCGGCAGCGAGGAGGAGGAGCCCCGGCCGGGCCGGCGCUCUGUCCGAGCCCCCCAGGAGCCCGGCCCGUGCCCGUGCCCGUGCCCGUGCCGGCGGGGCCCGCGGCCGCCGCUGUGGCGCAGGAGGACGCUGACCCGGCAGAGCAGCAUCGAGGAGGAUUUCGGGGAGCUGGAGCCGCCCGGGGCUCCGCGCAGAGCCGAGCACGAGCGGGGCUGGAGGAGCCUCCCCCGAGCAGCCCAGCCCAGGGCAGCGGCUGCCCUGGCACAGCCACCCCUCAGAGAGGCUCAAGACGCCCUGCUUUUAGGUAACCCAGCCUCUGCAGGACGGCCUGACAGGGUGGAGCAUGCGGGGCGAAGGUCCUCCCAUGGCAGUGCAGUGCCACAAAGGUCUCGGCCCCUGCUGGUGCCCUCCAUUGAUGGCUACGGUGGCCACGACCGCCUCUCCCCAGACAUGUAUGAGGAGUCUGAGACAGACCCUGGCACAGAGGACCUUUCCACUCGAAUCUUUGUUGCACUUUUUGACUACGACCCGCUGACCAUGUCCCCGAACCCCGAUGCUGCAGAGGAGGAGCUGCCCUUCAAGGAGGGACAGAUCAUUAAGGUUUAUGGGGACAAAGAUGCUGAUGGGUUUUACCGUGGAGAAACCUGUGCAAGAGUUGGCCUUAUCCCCUGUAACAUGGUCUCUGAGAUACAGGCAGAUGAUGAAGAGAUGAUGGAUCAGCUCCUUAAACAAGGUUUCCUUCCCUUGAACACUCCAAUUGAGAAAAUAGAGCCCCGUGGCCGGCGCGGGGGCCGGCAGCAGCCGCUGACCACCCGCAGGAUGGUGGCUCUCUACGACUACGACCCCAGGGAGAGCUCCCCCAACGUGGAUGUGGAGGCCGAGCUGACCUUCUGCACUGGGGACAUCAUCACUGUCUUUGGUGAGAUCGAUGAAGAUGGAUUUUACUAUGGGGAGCUCAAUGGACACAAGGGGCUGGUUCCUUCCAACUUCCUUGAAGAAGUGCCUGACGAUGUGGAAGUGUUUCUCUCGGACGCGCCCGCGCGCUACGGCCACGACGCGCCCAUGCGGGCCAAGGCCAAAAGGGUUCCUCCUGAGAAUACAGGUACCUCCCGGAGAGCACCUUCCCCCACAGUUCAUCUCCAUUCCGGGUCUCCUCCGUCACCUGUGCUGGGCUCUGGGAGCCCCGGCAGAGGCAGGGAUAUGGCCUCGAAAAAGAAAAAGGGGCUGCUUUCCAAAGGCAAGAAACUGCUGAAAAGGCUUGGUGCAGUGAAAUGAGUCAUGUGCUCCUGGACAACUUGUAAAGCUUCCAGUCUGUGUACUUUUUUUUUUUUUUAAAGUCAAAACUAGGGCUUUCAUGACUAUGCAGUACUUUACCAGACCGUUGCAUUUUUAACUCUGACAUCAACAGAGUCAUGCCAAUUGCUUAAUCAAAACAGCAAGGAAAAAAGGGAAAUGCAUUUGUUGUUGCAAAAACAUUUUUUAAAAAUUUAAAAAAAAAAAAAAAAAAAAAAAAAAGGUUAUGGGCUUAAGACCAGAAGAACAUGGUUUUAUUUGAAGUCAUCUCAACACCUGCAACUCCACUGGAAAAAUCUCAGCCUUUAUUCUCCUUUAACCAUGAGUGGGGGGAGAAAACUCAUUCACUGAUUGCUAGUUCAGAGAGAUCACCCCACUGGAUCCACUCAUUAACAAAAAUGGUCUUGAAACUCCUAGUUGAAUCAGCCUUGAUGUUUUGCCUUAUUACUGCACAAUGAUUUGUACUGUCUAAUAAAUAUGCAGCGUAUACUUUGUAUGUACUGUGUAUGCAGCUGUGUCCAUCCUCCCUCCACCAGUAGCUCCAGGUGAACACUGGUACUGCCCCAGCCCUGUCUGAUGGACUCCUGGCAGUGUGCAAGUGCUGUGCUAAACCCUUCUCAGUUUUGGUCCCCCAGUAAAAACCACACCCUGUACUGGUUUGCCAUUCUCACUCCAGGGGAACCAGGCAGUGCAGGUUACUCAGAACCUCACCCCAUUUCAAUCUCCAGUUCUGGGGUUCCUGGUUCCCUGUUCUAAGCUAUGGGAAAAAACCAAGUGCACACCAAAAGCCCUUUAGUCCCUGUUUUUUUCUGUGGAGGUUCAGUCCUAGGUUAAAAGGCAUUUUCAUUCUGCUGCUGUCAGAUUGAGGCAAGUCCAUCUGCAGUGAAAGGACAAAGUGUUCCAGCCACAGCCCCACGAGGCUGCACCAGGCUCUAUCAACCCCAACUGCAACAUUGGCAUAUCACAAAAACCGAUCCUCCACACUGAUGGCAGUCAUUGGCUGUUACUAUUUUGUAAUUCUUGUCCAUUUGUAAAUUGUUUUUACUGUUUAUACAUACUUUUCAGACUGCCUUUCUUUUUGUAAUUUACGGAAGGUUUAUAAAUGAAUGAUCAAAGCUUCCCCAUUGUGUCUUCAGAUAACAAUGUAAAUUACUGUAAAAUACUGUGUGCUAGAUUAUAAGAUUUAAUUAAAGAAAAUAACUGGCCUACAUUUGUGGUAAAGUACCGUGUGGGUGUGUGCAUGUGUACAAUCGUUGUGUAUUAUAUUUUAUAUAAAUAAAUAAUUUGAUAUUUUGUAGAGUG